CUCACUCAGUUUGCAACAGUCGCUCAAAGCGAAUGGACUAGACCUCUCUACAGAAUGAGGCGGAUCAGAUAUUUUUCGCUGUUUCCACUGCUUGUGGCGGCGCUGACGAUCGGCACAGCCCGCAGUCUGAUCUGUACACGCCGCCCGGCGAACACGGCCACGCCCAAGUCGCCAGUAGACGAGAACUAUGUGAUAAGCAUAACAGGCAAUCCGGAAACAUAUAUUCUCGGACAGGAGUACAACGUUUCCCUGAAUGCAUUCAACGGACAUCGCUACAUCAGCUUCAUUCUGGCGCUGGAGAACGAGAAUGGGGACUUCAACUAUGGGGACGACCUCGGCCGCUUUGAGCUGAGCGACAUGACCGAGUCGCGCUUCAGCCCCAGCUGCAUUAAUAUGGUGGAGAACACCAACACCAAUCCAAAGACUCACAUGCACCUGACCUGGGUGGCGCCCAGUGAGCCCGGCAGCGGCUGCAUCCUACUGCGCGCCACGGUCCUGCAGCAUCGCGACGUAUGGCACAUGGAUGACGGUGGACUAACCAGACGCAUUUGCGAGGAGGUCGUUGACGAUGUCGAGAGCCAGCCAACGACUCCUUCGCUGGAAGUUCCCUGCUGUGCCUGUGAUGAGGCGCGCUAUGAGCUGAUAUUUGAAGGCGUCUGGUCCCGCAACCUGCACCCAAGGGACUUUCCUGCUCGAGGCUGGGAAACACGCUUCUGUGAGCUUUUGGGUGCUGCCCACAGCUCCGACUACCGCUUCUGGGAAUCGGGAUCGCUGGCGAGCGAGGGUCUCAAGCAAUAUGCGGAGCACUGCAGCUCGCGGCUGCUUGAGCGGGAAUUCAGCAUCAACUUUAGGGAUCAAAAGAUCCGCACCAUUAUCAAGGCACGCGGCCCGUCGUUCCCCAACAUGAGCAGCAAGUCCAUGGCUUCGGUGCGAGUGGACCCAUUGCACCACAUGGUGUCGUUUGCCUCCAAAAUAGAGCCAUCGCCCGACUGGAUAGUCGGCAUCAGUGGGCUGGAGCUGUGUCUGCGGAACUGCACGUGGCUCGAGGGGAAAGUCAUCAAUCUGUAUCCCUGGGAUGUCGGCACGGAUGCGGGGCCCAGCUACACGUCUCCGGACCAGCCGCAGGUCCCACCAGAUGUCAUCAGGCGCAUGCGUUCCGACUUCCCAAAUGAUCCGCGCUCGCCCUUCUACGACGAAACGGGGGCUCCCAUGAAGCCCAUGGCAGUCCUGACGGUGCGACGCCAACGAAUCUACGAACGGCGCUGUGCGGAUGAAGACUCCAACAAUCCAGCAGAGGUACCGCGCGAGUGUCUUACACAUCCCUGGUCAAGCUGGAGCGAUUGCUCGUCCAAGUGUGGCGAUGGCAUGCAGUACAGGCGACGCGUCUACAAGCAGCCCGAGCUGGCGAGGAUCUACAACUGCAAUGUGCCGCAGUAUGACGAGCGCGAGUGCCAGGGCCAGAUGUGCGGCUCGCUCAAUCUAAUGGGUAAUGUUGGAGACUUUGAUGAUCUAGAUCCUGGAAUGGGAAUGGGAAUGGGAAUGGGCUUUGGCAUGGGAGGCAACAAUCGUCAAUCGUCCCAACAACGUGGCGCCGAGUGCCAACUGAGCCGUUGGGGCAGCUGGAGUCCAUGCAGCGUGACCUGCGGAGAGGGCUAUGAAAUGAGGCAGCGGCAGUACCUCAAUCCGGGAGCCGAGCCAAAGUGCCAGAGUGUACAUCGAAUCGAGCUGCAGGAGACACGCAAAUGUGAGGGCAGAGCUUGCCUUGGUAAUCUGCCAGGAUCGAUUAGUGGCGACAUGGACAUGGAUAUGUCAUCUUAUGGAGAGCCCAUGGGUGGCCGAGUCCGCGGAGGCAUGUAUGGCCCACAGCCAGAGGUAGACGCUGAUAGAUUUGAGGGAAACUUUAACAGAGGCUAUGAUGAGGCUCCAAUAGAUCAGAGUCGAGCAGGCUUCGGCUUUGCCGUUGGCAACCUCAAGGGUCUCAAUCCCAACUGGGGCGACAACACACAGAAAUCGGAUGCUGCGUGGCUGCCGGAGCGACAGACAACUCUGAGUCGGGAGCCUUCGUCUCACAAACAGUCAAGGAUUCAAAGCAAUUACAAUGCGGACGGCGGCUUUUAUCAGAGAACGGAAGCACCUUCGCCCUGGUCGCGACAACGUCCCAGCGACAUCUACAAACCAUCGCGCUUAGAGGAUAUAGAGCGGACUCCUUGGCAGCGACAGGAUCCCGGCAACACUCACAGCAGAGAGUAUCUUACCUCGGAUUCGGAUAUUCCUAGUGCUGGCACUCAGCAGGAAGCGUGGCCACGACCCAAUAGCUACCAGAAUGGCGACACUGAUCCUGUCAUGUCGACUCGCUGCUUUCAAAUGCUGCACACCGUUCAGCCUCGCUGCCAAAACCAAACGAUAACGGGCCAGUUUUGGUUCUAUAACUUCUGUGCCGACGAAUGCAUGCUAUAUGCCACAGAUCCUUGCGAUCGCAAUCUGAACAAAUUCAGCAGGUGGGAGGAGUGCCAGAAAUGCCGUGACCCCGAGCUGGCUCCUCUGCAGCAGCACCACUCGAAUUCUCCGGAAUGCCAGGCAUUGAGAGCCGCCUGGUAUGCUGAGGAGCGAGCUCGGGAGGAGCAACGAGCGUCGAAUAGAAGACGCAAUUACGGUGGCCGGGGUAGAAAUUAAGUAUACAAUUUAACAUCUAGUUGAUACUUAAUUAGGUGUACACUUACUUAUUCACUAAGUUUUCUAACCAAUGAUUUAUGUAUUUAGUUGAUAAUAUAAUUUAGUCGCUACCACUGUCACUCUGUAGAAAGUGGGAAGAGAGACUAUUUAGCACUCCGAA